AUGAUGUUCCAUAAAGGUAAAUUUUGCUCUCUUUUAUUCGUAACGCUGUUAUUAUAUUUUUUGCAAAAUGAUGAGGACAAUUUUCUAAGAACAGUUAAGUGUGAUAUUCAUGUGGUUGGAAAUAUAGGGGAUAGGUAUAAUAAAAAGAAUAAACACAUUAUAGGCAAAUACUCUAACCAAACAAAUAUAGAAUAUAAAAAAGAAAAUGAUAUAAAAAAAUAUAUUUCUUUCAUAAAUAGUAAACGACAAAGCUAUAUAAUAUCUAGAUUUUUCCUGAGACCUACUAAAAAAAAUAUAUUUAUUCAAAGUGUAAAUAAAAAUCAAGAUCGAAAGAACAAAAAAAUGUUUACUUUGAGUAACAUUGAUAAGAAAAAAAAAAUAUAUAUAAUGGAAAGAAAACCAAAUAAUAAUUUUAAAAACUUUACAUUUUUGGAAUUGCGUAAUCAUGGUUUAUCAAAAAAAUCAAAUGUCUUAUCAAAAGAAACAAUGAAUAUGAGUCAUAGUAAAAAUAUUCCUUAUCAUUCGCAAAGAUACAAUCACAGUAGUUUUAUAGAAGAUGAUGAAGAUGAUGUAAAUACUGAUUGGAUUCAGCUAGCUCAUUAUGGUAUGUCAUGUAGAGAAACUGGAUGCCCUAAUGCAUAUCAAAUGUGUCUUCCAUUUUCAACUAACGACAAACAAAAUUAUGGAAAAGACAUUGUAGACAUUAUUGUUGAGCAUCUAAAUUUUGGUGAUACUCUAUUAAAAUUUUAUAAUGGGCCUAUUCUUGACGAAUAUAGAUAUAAUUUUUAUUACUCAUGCAUUUGCAAAAAAUUUACCUCAGAUAAUCAAUGUGAUGAAUCUGUUGAGUAA